GUUCAAGAUGCUGAAAAAAUUGUGUUAUCACAUAAAUUGAUAGUGCAUACCUCUCAUCAGGUUGCUGACGCAAGGUGAAUUUGAGAGUGAUGACCACGAGUGCCUGGACAGAAUCCAGAUUUCGACUGCCUGCAGGCCAGAUGUUUCUACAUCUGUCCUGGAGGAGGGGAAGAAUUGGUAUAUUGAUGGAUCCUGUUUCAAGCCAAAUGAUAAUGUAUACUUGUGUGGGUAUGCUAUUGUUGAAUUACCUGAUCGUGUAAUUGAGGCAUACUCUUUGCCAUACAAGUCAGCGCAAGUUGCAGAAUUAAUUGCUUUAACGAGAGCUUGUCAAUUGGCAAAAGAUCAGUGUGUUAAUAUAUACACUGACUCUAAAUAUGCGUAUAGCAUAGUACAUGAUUUUGCUAAAUUGUGGGAAGAAAGAAAUUUUAAAACCUCAGAUGGAAAGCCAAUUGCUCACCAUAGUAUUGUAGCGGAGCUCAUUAAUGCAGCACAACAACCAUCAAAACUCGCUGUUAUUAAAGUAGCAGGACAUACGUCAGGAGAAACAGAUGAAGCCAAAGGAAAUAGAUUUGUAGAUGAAGUAGCAAAAUGGGCUGCUAAAGAAGUAAUGUUAAGUCCACAUGUAAGCGAAAGGGGCACAGAUGUGCCUAUGAUGAAUUCAUUAUUGACUAAUGAUUUGGACAUUAAAAUAUUACAAGCUAACCCUACGCAAGCUGAUUUGACUUACUGGUCAGACAAUGAAGUAAAACCAGAUCAAGUUGGAAUCUUGAGAGACAAACAGGGUAGACUUGCAUUACCUGCAUCUGCGAUUGUUAUGCUAUGUAGACAUUAUCAUGGUGUAUCACAUGUGUCAAAAAAGAAAGUGAUACAAAUGUUGAAUCGAUCUUAUUGCAUAGCAAAUAUUCAAAGAAAUACUCUGUUGAUAUUGGAUGCUUGUCUGGUGUGUGCUCAAACCAACAAGCACAAGGCAACUAAACAUGACGCUUUACCACAUCCUGAGCUACCAUUCCAACACUUGCAAAUUGAUUUUACGCAUAUGCCUCCUUGCGGAAAUAAUAAAUAUUUGCUUGUGAUUGUUGACAGAUUUUCUAAAUGGCCUGAAGCUUUUCCGUGUGGAAAAGAAAAUGCACAGACGGUAGUUAAAGUUCUGGCUAAGGACAUUAUACCGCGUUUUGGUAUACCAAUGGUUAUAGAUAGUGAUAAUGGAACACCGUUCACUUCCAAAGUCACACAAUUGUUAGCCAAAGAGCUUAAUAUUACCUGGUCAUUGCAUAUACCGUUUCAUGCUCCAUCUAGUGGACAAGUUGAGAACAUGAAUAGGGUUAUCAAAGAUCGUCUUAAUAAAGCGUGUCUUGAUACAGGCAGAAAUUGGGUUGAUCUGCUGCCUGCCGUAUUGACAGAAAUUAGAAUGUCACCAUCAGCAACAACAAAGAUGUCUCCGUUUGAAAUCCUUAUGGGUAGACCUUUCCCGACCCCAUGGGUCAGAGGUCGCGCUGGCAAUUUUUCCACAGGUGACACGGAGGUGAUCAUCACGGAUUAUGUGGAUUCCCUAAUUAAAACUUUGAAUAGCAUCAAUGGUGAUGUGUCUCUCUCUCUCCCUCUUCCUGCAGAAAAACCCACUCAUCCUUUUGUUCCAGGACAACAGGUGCUGAUAAAGUGUCUGAAGCCCACAAAACUGGGUGAGCCGAAAUAUCUGGGGCCCGCCACGGUGAUUGCUGUGACGAGAACAGGAGUGCUGACUGACUUCCAGCCGCAGUGGAUCCAUGCCAGUCGACUGAAAGCAGCUCCAUCCCAGGGGAACGUUCUGGUCAAUGAGGAGAAGGAAGCCAGUGAGCCAAGGAAAGAUCCGAAGGAAGAACCAUUUCCAUAUAAGGCUCUACUAGGAGUGAAUGUGAGACAGGGAAUGAUCCCUGCUUUCUGUAUCACCAGAAUAGGAGAAGGUCCUUGGGAUUUGAAGGGACCUCAUGGAGACCUCCAGGGUGGUACCGGCUGUGCAGGUGACCAGGGCCAAUCCGACCCUUCAGGUGGCCAGGGUGGAGCUGGCUGUUCAGGGUGCCAUGGAGGUGCAGGCAGUUCAGGCAGCCAGGGUGAAACCGGGAGCUUGGGCGACCAGGGCGGAGCCGGCGGUUCAGCGGCCCACUUUUUGGCUGUGGACGGGUAG